UCCCAGAAUGCUCGCAUGUUACGGUUUCCCCUCCGCCUGGACAGGCCCCGCCCUACCGUACUGCGGACUGUGUUUGUUGAUGUCUGCGCUGACAUGUAGCUUGCUCCAUGUCAGUUUAUGUGCGGGGGUACGUACUUAGCAAACUUGGCAGCGGGCGUUCCCCGCAGGAUUAAUACUCGGAGCUUAUUUGCCCAACCGAUAUUUUCUGGAGAGCAAACUAUUCCAAAGCAUCCUCUGCCUCCCUGCACCCCGGCGAGGGCUCACACACUUUAUUUCUGUCGCUGAGGCCACCUCUUUAUCUCUGUGUUGGACCGAGCGACUGACGGUGUCUUGCUUUGGACCAGGAGCGGCCGUGAAGCGUCUGAGGCACCCAAGAACUGCCCCGGCUGUGCGGAUAGGACGAGCCGGGCUGCACCCUCCACCAGCAGCAGCAGUCGUUCCUUGAUAAAAACAAAAGUUAAACUUUUACAACAAGACUGCGCUUCGGCAAGGCUCCAUAACAGGGCAGUACUGCUAUUUUUGUAAGAAUACUACAUUCUUACACUCACUAAAUACAGUAACUCCAGCGCUGACCCGACCCGGCCCGGCUCAGCCCAGCAGAAUCCUGUCUCCGCUUGGGGGAGUUUAGUGGUUUCAGCGCACGGCCGCGGAUUAGCAUGGGGCCUCGGUAGCACACUGGGAUUGGAGACGAGCACUUUCCGGAGUAAGAAAAAAUGUUUCCCCUAGAUUUCGCAGUGGGAUCUGUUCCAACAUGCCAGUUUGAAGAAAAACAGGACUAAGCUGUCUGGAAGACUCACACCAAGGGGCAUUGACAACGGCGGCCUGGGACCUUCCUGCAGACAGUCCAGCGGAACAAAGCACACAGUUAACCGGCUUGUGCAAGAGUUAGCAGUUUGCAAGUACGUUUGGCUGCGGUGUUUGCUAAGUCGCUUAAGGUUUGGGAACCGCCGAAUAAGUUGCAGCUUUCUUCCAGAAAGAAGAGGCACACGCCCCCCCCGACCAGCCGUUUCUCUGCAUGGGUGCCGUUUACCCUGCAGCAGCGUACUGCUUUUAUUGAAAACACAAACAUAUUUACACCUCUGACCACUCCAGGGUAAAAUGAUGGACGGGACUGGGGGAAGCGGGCAAAAGAUCACCCCCCUCGCCCGGGAACUUAGUCGGAUCUUCAGCAACUACAACAAGCACUCGAACCUGCUGAAAAAGAACCUGAAAGAGACCAACAAGUUCUUCAGAGAGAUCAAACAGAACUACAGCAACUCCUGCGCGGCGGCGGGGCCCGGUGCGUCGGUUAUCGAGGCGGGUCACUUGGGCUGCUUCUCCUUCCUCAGCCACGAGGAGGAGUACCUGCAGGCCACGGUGGGCUGCGUCCCCUACGUCAUCAUCCUGGGACAGAACUGCGACGCCAAGUAUCAGGUGCUGAACAGCCUGCUGGGGGAGCGGCUGCUGCCCGUGACGCGGCUGGGCCAGGGCUGCGGUGCGGAGGCGGGCUGCAAGCGGCGGAGGCUGAGAUUCACUUACGGGCGACAGACCCGCCUCAGCCUGGCGCUGCCCGGCCAGUACGAACUGGUGCACCAGCUGGCGGCUCACCGGGGACGCUGGGAAACCAUCCCGGAGGAGGACCUGGAGAUCGGAGAGGCGUGCGAGGAUCCGGCGCACAGGGUGGCUGAACUGGAGGUCACGCUGCAUCACCAGCUGCUACAGGAGGCUAAGAUCUUGGUGGUGCCUUGCCCUGAAGUGCAACUAGUAGAGGAAGCACUGGAGGACUGUUUCAGGAACAUUGUGCCUAUCCUCGUCUACGCCAUAAGCGAGGAGACGCUCACGCAGCCGCAGCUGGAUGACAUCCAGCGGGUCAAAGACAAUAUCGCGUUCCCCGUGUGUUUCGUGAAGGUGCCAAGCAUCUCCCAGCCCGACCUAGACUCUUCCCUGGAGCCGACGGGCAAGACGGGCAGAGCUGCGGAGAGGGAGAAAAGCGCCCUGUACCAGCAGCUGGCCUCUGACGGCUUCCUGGGCAAUGGGCCUGGCAACUGCUCAUGCGGGGCCCCUCCCCAGCAGCAAGCCCCGGCCGCCAAGCCCCAGAGCUCCCUGUGCGAGGCCUUUGAGAAGCUGCCCCGGCUGCUGGCUCCCUUCGCCAAGCAGGUGCUGCAGAACCAGCAGGUCGAGGCAGCGACCAAACUGAACAUGGUGCACUGCCGCUGCCUGGACAUCUUCAUCAACCAGGCCUUCGACAUGCAGCGCGACCUGCAGAUCACCCCCCGCCGGCUGGACUACACCCGCGAGAAGGAGAGCGAGCUGUACCAGUCCCUCAUGGGCAUCGCCAACCGCAAGCAGGAGGAGAUGAAGGACAUGAUCGUGGAGACGCUGGCCAGCAUGAAAGAAGAGCUGCUGGAGGACGCAGCCAACCUGGAGUUCACAGAUAUCAUUGUGCCCCCGAAUGGCGAGCCCAUCAGCUCCAAGGACAUUAAAUCGUGUAUCCGACAGAUCCAGGAGCUAAUUGUGCUGCGUCUGAACCAGGCGGUUGCGAACAAGCUCAUCAGCUCGGUGGAUUACCUGCGGGAGAGCUUCGUGGGCACGCUCGAGAGGUGCCUGCACAGCCUGGAGAAGCAGCACCAGGACACCUCGGCUCACAACGUCACCAGCAACCACCUCAAACAGAUCCUGAAUGCUGCUUAUCACGUGGAAGUCACGUUCCACUCUGGGUCCAAUGUGACACGGCUGGUGUGGGAGCAGAUCAAACAGAUCAUCCAGAGGUUGACGUGGGUGAACCCCCCUGCCAUCACUCUGGAGUGGAAGCGCAAGGUGGCCCAGGACGCCAUCGAGAGCCUGAGCGCGGCCAAGCUGGCCAAGAGCAUCUGUAGCCAGUUCCGCACGCGGCUCAACAGCUCCCACGAGGCCUUCGCUGGCUCCCUGCGGCAGCUGGAGGAGGGGCACACGGGCCGACUGGAGAAGACGGAGGACCUGUGGCUGAGGGUUCGAAAGGACCACGCACCCCGACUGGCUCGCCUGUCUCUGGAGAGCCGCUCUCUCAGAGACGUCCUGCUGCACGGGAAGCCCAAGUUGGGUCGCGAGCUGGGUCGGGGUCAGUACGGCGUGGUGUACCUGUGUGACAGCUGGGGCGGACACUUCCCCUGCGCCCUCAAAUCAGUGGUGCCGCCUGAUGACAAGCACUGGAACGACCUGGCUCUUGAGUUCCACUACACCAGGUCCCUGCCGAAACACGAGCGGCUGGUGGACCUGCACGGCUCGGUGAUCGACCACACCUACGGGGGCGGCUCCAGCAUCGCGGUGCUCCUGAUCAUGCAGCGGCUGCACCGCGACCUGUACACCGGCCUCAAGGUAGGCAAGCACAACCCCCAGGCCUUCUCCUGCAGCAAGGCGCAGUGCAAGGCUGGUCUGACUCUGAAGGAGCGACUACAGAUUGCCCUGGAUGUAGUGGAGGGGAUCCGAUUCCUGCAUGGUGAGGGGCUGCUGCACAGAGACAUCAAGCUGAAGAACGUGCUGCUUGACAAGCAGAACCGGGCGAAAAUCACCGAUCUGGGUUUCUGCAAACCUGAAGCCAUGAUGUCUGGGAGCAUCGUUGGAACUCCUAUACACAUGGCCCCAGAGCUCUUCACGGGUAAAUACGAUAACUCGGUAGACGUUUAUGCCUUUGGCAUCCUCUUCUGGUACCUGUGCACGGGCUCUGUGAAGCUGCCCGAGGCGUUUGAGAAGUGCUCCAGCAAAGACCAGCUGUGGAACAAUGUGAAGAAAGGCGCACGGCCGGAGCGCCGGCCCUUGUUUGAUGAGGAAUGCUGGCAGCUCAUGGAGUCCUGCUGGAACGGAGACCCCUUUCAGAGACCCUUGUUGGGUAUAGUGCAGCCCAGGCUGCAAAGCAUCAUGGACAGGCUGUGUAACACACACUCUGAGAGGAGAAGCACCCACCUGGAAGACUCUGCAUGAUGGGAACACGGGCUGGAGGGAGGAGCCUGGAGCUUCAGAGACCAAUCGGAAGAGCCUCGGGCUGGACUUCCUGAUCUUGCACUGCUGCUUUCUGUAUCUGAGUUGGUUUUCAAGUAAUCGAGAAAAGCUACAUUUUAUAUGAGAACUUUCAAAUAAUAAACGAACAAAAAAUAAAAAGACAAGCAAACAUUAUCGAUGUCCUAUAUUAGCGUGCAUGAGGAGGAUGGUGGUGCUUGCUUCUCGACGUAGAUUAUUAUUAUAGAGAGAAAAGAGGUUGUUUUUAAAAGAAAUGAGAGGUCAAGUAUUAAAACAGAAGAGACACUUCAUUUCUUUUAGCUGGAUUAUUGUCUGUAUUCUAAAAAAAAAAAAAAAAAAAAAAAAAAAAAAAAAGCAUGUGUCAUUUUCUUGUGUUUUUUCUUUUUUUUUUUAAAUAAAAGACUCUAAUAUAAAA